CUGAAUCUGGACUUCAAGCAACACAGUGCCUGAGACAGCUCGUCUAAACCUCACUGUAUUACAAUACUCUCUCUUCCCAAAGAAAAAGACUCCACUGAGUAGCAGAAUGCUGCCAGUGUCGCAGCUAGGGCUACAAUACAGAGCCUUUUUGUAAAAUUUUUAAAAAUCUCUUUCUGUUCAUACAUUUAAAGAUACAGAAAUACAUUCAUCUAGAAAUUAAUUCUUCCUUUUUUUUUUUUUGAGGGCACUUUUUGCUUUUGUUACCCUGAUGUGACUUCUUCUUCGUCUUGGAAUGAUGGGGAUCUUUCUAGCUUAUGUUGGAUUCAUUUUUUUUUCAGUUAUGUAUAUUCAGCAAGGACUGUCUACCCAAGCAAAAUUCACUGAGUUUCCCCGAAAUGUCACAGCAACUGAAGGGCAGAAUGUGGAGAUGUCUUGUGCUUUCCAAAGUGGCUCCACUUCGGUGUACCUUGAAAUCCAGUGGUGGUUUCUGCGGGCUGCUGAGGACCAAGAAGCUGGAGCUGAGGUGACAGGAACUCAGGUGGAGCUUCUGCCCGAACGCGACCUGGAGAGCGACGGCACGAAGAUAAGCACAGUGAAAGUACAGGGGAAUGACAUCUCCCACAAGCUGCAGAUUUCAAAAGUAAGGAAAAAAGAUGAAGGCUUGUAUGAAUGCAGGGUGACCGAUGCCAACUAUGGAGACCUUCAGGAAUACAAGGCCCAGGCAUAUCUCAAAGUCAAUGCUAACAGCCACUCUCGGCGAAUGCAGGCCUUUGAGGCAUCUCCAAUGUGGCUGCAAGACAUGAAACCUCGCAAAAACAUCUCAGCAGCUGUUCCAAGUAGCAUCCAUAACCCUGCCAAUCAACGUGUGCGUGCCACCUCCAACCCUGAAGCAGCAGCCAAAAUCCCCAAACAAAGUCCGCAAUCAGUUACUCCACAUGGACAGGAAAACACAAAAAGCACAAGGAAGAAGGGGACUUAAUUCUAUGGAAUGUUGAGGCUGAGGAACACAAAACUUCAGUUGUGAGACUUCAGAAUAACAAAAAGGAGAUAGCUAAAUUAGGAAGGAAUAGUUUUUAUUUAUAUAUUGUCUAAUCAACACAAUCUCCUUAUACUGUCAAGUUAAAAACUCUUCUUCAGCAUCAUGCUAACCAUACAUUUAAGGAUAAAAUCAUUGUAUGAGUACAUGUAAGCAAUGCAUCCAUCUAACACAGAACACAGAAAUAAGGUUAAAUUGAAAUUUAUCAUCGUUAGCCAGAUGUUUGUGCGUGAAAAACAUAACGGCUGACUGAGAUGUGUUUAUUAAUGUUGAUUAAUACAUUGACUUCAGUGAUACUGUUUGAUUAGAGAAGCACUUCUCAUUGUAGGCAAUUGUAUUAAAUGUUGUCCAGUGCUAGAGAGACAGUACAUAGUUAUUGGCAAGCAAUAAAUUUUAUUGCCAUGUUCAGAGACUAUUGGGAAAAAAAAAAUAAAAAUAAAAAUAAAAAAAUCAGAGGGAAAUAUGACACUGUGAAAUUACUGGGAAAAAACAUUAAACUAUUUCUUCAAAACUCAUAUAAUAAUUUAAGAAAGACUGACACUGAUCAUUCAGAUAUUUUGAAUUAAUUUAUGAAAGAUAGAUGACACUGUACUUAACUCCUUCCAUCCUGAAAAAUACUGCAGAAUUCAAGAUUUCUUAUAGCUAUAGAUGUUUAAUAGAUAGCUACAGGAAAGUAGUUGAUAGUCACUAUAAUUUUGAAAAUUAGCAUUUCCCAUCUGAGCAAAUGUUUCUAUUUUCCCCUUUUACUCUGGAGUAAUAUCUGUAAAAAAAAAAAAAACUAUGUGAGGUUAUGUGUUAUGAAGUUUUGUGCUGCUCUGAAAAAUGUUAUGUGAGUGGAAAAAAUAUUUAUUAUCAUUAGACCAAUUUGGUACAGCUUGACCCUUUCGUUUUAUUUUCAUGUGCUGUAGCAAAUUAAGGAAUUUGAGUAAUCUGACAGGCAUACAUUGUGUAAUCUGACAGGCGUACAUUCAGAAGAUGUCCUGUGUAGGCAGAGUGACAGACAUUUCUUUCCAGUGUAAUUCAUAAUGUAUGUAAGACCAAAGGUAAGCAUGCAGUUAUCACAGGGUCUUGUAACGCUAGUUAACAUUUCAAUUAGCUGGGCUUCAGGAACUGCAAAGAAUUCAGGCAAAGGGAGUAUUAUAAUCCUAGUUUAGCUGCAUUCAAGUCUCUCAACACUUGUUGCAACAUAAAGGGCUGCAAAAUCUGAGGUGCUGGGAAAGUCUACAUACCCCAAACUUCCUGUUCUACCAAUAUCCUGUUAAAGCACUCAAAGCCAUUAGUUGCUUUUCAGACUCAUGAAGAUCAGGCUGACAGAACUCAAUAGGGAACAGGUACAAGUGAAGAAGUGACAUCAUUUUCUGACUACAUUUCAGUCUUUGCAGAUAUAGCUCAACCUUAUGUUCUCUCCUGAAGUAAGAAAUUAAACUAUCGACCUAACUACAUAUCAAAACUAUUUCUGUGAUGGCAAUAUUGGAAUGACAUGACUGACUUGAAAAUGAGAACAGAGCAGAAGAAAGUUGUUAUCUAAGACAGAUAUACCUUUUUUUUUUUUUUUUUUUUUUUUCUCAUUAUAAAUCACACCAAGAAGAUAAUAAUGAAGUGUAAAUGCAAAAGAAGAGGAUGAGAACCUGUUUCUUGAGUCUGUUGACACUGACAAACAGAUAGCAUUCCUUCCAGCCUCCAUUUUUAUCUAUAAAAUCUAGGGAUGUUUUAUUAUCCUCCUCUUUUAAUUAUUUUAUUUUAUUUUUUUCUUUUUGGUUGUUGUUGUUGGUAACUUCUGGGAUAUAAAGCAACUUCUGUAUUAUUAUUAUUAUUAUUAUUAUUAUUAUUAUUAUUAUUAUUAUUAUUAUUAUUAUUAUUUAUUAAAGUUACAUAUCUUUCUAAAGUGAAGAGACAAAACUGUGCUCUAGCUUUUACCAAAGCAUAAUAAUUUUUAGUGGAUCUGAAAUUCUAAUUCCUGGUACAAGUUAAAAACAGAGGUGAAAAAUCAGUAUCUUUUUUUUUUUUUUUUUUUUUUCCUAAAACACUGACAUUGCCAGUCGCUGAUACUACACCACUGUCACCUUCUUAUGUCUUUCUGUUCCCAGUCAGUCUGUGUUCAUUUUCUGCUGUUCAGAGUUUUAGUAGUUGAUCACUACCAUAUGCCGACGCCAGACAGUACUGAGUACGCUUAGUUUCAAACAAAUUCUCUCUGAAAUAAGAGAAAUUAGUUAAAUCAGUAGUUAUUCCAAUAUUUGUUGAGAAAAUCAAGAAUUCUGACUUUAAAUAUAUGGUAUCUCCCCUGUAAUCUGUUUUCCUCUAAAAAGUAGGGAUAUUUAUAAUGAAACAUAAAAUAACUAAUCCAAAGCUGAGAUCUUUCUUAAUUAUUUUAUUUAUUUAUUUAUUUAUUUUAGUAAUCUUAACAAUAUAUUUGUAUAUUCACCUGCCAUUGCUACUUACUCACAUCUCUUACUUUCUUUUAGAUAUUUAAAAAUAAACCUUUCAGACUCAUGUUACCUUUGUUUAAAAGGUGGUGGGAAAUCCCAUAGGAGUAUCUUGAGUGGCAGAGCAACUGCAAAGUCAUUCUGUGCUGCAUGUAUGAUAUAACUUUGGUAAUUAACUGUGUAAAAGAUUGCAGAUGCACCACAUGUUUAGUAAAUAGAGAAAGAAUAAAAAAGAAAGGAAAAAAGGAAGAAAAAAAUAGGCUGUUUAUGAGUCUCUUGUCAUUUUACCCAAAUUGCUUUUCAUUGCUACACGGUAAGGCAGCUUGUUUUGGGUCAUCAGAGAUUGCAGCAUAUGUGACAGGGCCUGUUCUUGAAAUAAGUGAUGGGAUUUCCUUGCUUCAGAACACAACGUGUUUAUUACUUGACGCAUACACAGGAAAGCGGAGGAAUAUUUUUGCUUUUUUUUCAAAUAAGAGGCAGGAAGCUUCCUAUGAUGUACUACUUUAUGAAAAUCCUUUGCAAUAUUUAUAUUUUAGAAUAAUGGAUAGGUUUUUCUGCUUGUUGGAAUGGGUACACAUUUUCUUAAGCCAAAAGAACAGCUUUGAUUUACAAUGGAAAUAAAUUGGGUCCUGCAUAAGAAUGAGGAUGAAUUGUACCCCACUCAUAAAGUGAAAGUAAAUGAUAAGAAUUCAAGCUUUAUACAGCUUCCACUACCUAAAGAAGUUUAGGACAGCUGUCUGAGAGUGCAGUGAAUUGUAUGAAAAUACAGUAAAACUGUGGUUUCUCAACUCGUAAAGAUUCAAGGAGAGAAAGUGCUUAAUGGUUUCCCUUUAUCUAUCUAUUUAUUUAUUUCCCUGCGUUAUUUCCUUAUCUUUGUUCAACUUUUUUUUUCUAGUCUUUCUAUUUGAAACCUUAGCCCAGACUAUUUAGAAAACUCAAUAUUAUCUUAUUCUCUAUAAGAAUUUUCAGUCUGAUUAAACAGUUCCUGAGCUUUAAAGAUAUUCCAGAUACAUAAUGUUCUUUAUAGGCACAGUAAUAACUAAUUAAUCCUACACUGCUGAUGAUAAAGCUGGAUGUCAUUUGAAGAGCAGCUGAUGAAGGUUCCUGGCCUUGUGAAAAUAAGUCUCUGCCCCAAACCCUUCAUUUUACCUUAUCGUAAGGGAAUUGCUGUCAUGCUUUUUGGCAGUGCAAUUCACUAUCCUGUCUGUGUGGGUGUACAGCUAGAUCCACCUCGGUGAAGUUUUUUCCCCUAUCUAGUGACAGAUCUUGUUGUCUUGGAGUAAAAUUGCCUAAUGUUAUGGAAAGAAUAAAAGUGGCAAAAUAUCAGUCACAGCCAAAAUUCCUAGCCCUUUGUUUAUAUACUCUAUGUCUAAAUAAGGAAUAGAAAAAGGAGGAAAACUCCCAUGAAGCAUGACUGUAGUGCUAUGGUGUAUACAUCUUCUCUACUUUAUCCUGUGCAAGUGAAAAUAAGAGAUAAAAGGCCAAGAGCAAGAAUAAAUUGGAAAUAAAGCCAUGAACUAGCAGUAGAUCUCAGAGUGAGCAUGACAUCCAGAUGGUUAAAAGAUCUUAAUUAGAAUAAUACUGAUCUGUAUACUAUAAUUCUGUUUGAGAAUAUAGUUACAGAAUAUCAUGCUUGCUUGAAGCUCUGUCAAAAUAACACAGAAUCAUAGAAUCACAAGGUUGGAAAGUACCUACAAGAUCAUCUAGUCCAACCGUCGUCCCAUUACCGUAGCUACAGCAAGCCACUAACCACUAAACAUCUCAAAUACUUAUUUUGUGUUUGGUUUAAUUCUUCACAUGUAUACAGCAUGUACUGAUCAGUGAUCACUUUAUACCUGAAAAAUCUUUGAACAACAAUGAAUAAUGACAUUUUGCUUUUAUGACUGACUCCACACCUCAGAACUAUUAUGGGAAAGUUAAAACAAUUUGAAAUAAAUGUUAAAAGAGAAUCAGUAGUUUAAAAUGUGAAGAAGAUGAAAUUAAUAAUGCACAGUCCUUCAAGCUGCAUUCUAAUGAUCCAUACUAAUUAUAAAUGGAUGCUUUGUGCCUGUAGGGAUAAUAACAUUUUGUAUUUUCAUAUUUAUAUCAAAGAAACUGUAAGAGUGAAGGCUUUGACUUUUACCCUUUGAUUUAGCUCUUACAGUUUAAAAUUUUACAAUUCCAAAGUCUCCAUUUUGGUCCAAUCAGAAUAACAGAAGAAAAUAGAUGUCAGAUCCUCAGCUGUCCUGAUUUGCAGCUUUGAACAUUGAACAAAGUCACUGGACUAUGACAAAUGAUAAACUAAAACAUCAGUUUAUUAAAUUGAUGUAGAUGAAGAGGUGGCAUGGGGUUUGCUUGUGUCACUCCUACUAUUAGGGAUUUAAUUUCCAUAAGUGGAGGAGGUAAAGAGAUGGAGGCACUAACAUCUUAAACUGCUCCAUUUAAAAUAAUUUAGAGAUUGUGAGUCAUAGACCUGAGACAGAGAUACAGUCUGUUAAAGGAAUUGUUCUAAUCCAUAGAACUUCAUUAUCUACCAGGCAAAGGAUUAAAGAAUGGUGCCUAUCUCAAAAUACUUAAAAUCUAGGAUUCAGAAAGAAAAAAACAAAUUCAUCCAGUCAGAUGGGUAGAGAAAGAAGGGAGCUCAGAUGAGUUCCACAAAAAUGGCUCUAAUAGAAAUGGUAUAAAUAGAAAGAGAUCAAGUUGACUCUAUGUCAAACAUAUGCCUAAAACAUGCCAGGUGCAUGAAAGGCAAACAAAGGUAUUAAAUAUCUCAUGAUGAAAUAUUUACAAAGAAUAUUAAAUUUCUUUGCAUGUUAAAAUAGCACUUCUUGUAUGUGUUUUUCUUCAUAUGACAUCAUUGUUGAAGAGUAAUAUUAAAUAUUAUCUUAGAUGAAAGGACAAAUGGUGCAAAAAGCAGGAAAUUAAUGAUGAAUUCAAUUAUAUUUUUCUUCAAAUAAAACUUACUUUUUACAGCAAUGUUAUGGUGUCUUCCAAAAAUUACUCUGUUAUCAGUUUAAAAACAAUACCAAAAAAUGUCAAAUGUCCUCACAUUUGUGUAUAUUAAGAAAAUACUCAACAUUUUAUGCUAGAGCCAUGUUUAUCUGAAACAGUAGAAAGUGGUUGCUAACAGGAGUCAGUUCAAGAAUUUUAAUUAACAGAUACAUUUCCCACCUUUGUGUGAGUGGCACACUGCCAUAUGCAGGUAAAGUGAUGAGGAUAGCAUACCGCAGGUGACUCAAAAGGAUGUGCACUGACUGUGGAAUCUGACAUUCACACAGAUAAACAGAAAUGCAUCAGCUUACAUAUUUUUCUGUCACACAUUAAAAAAUUGCCUAAGACAUUUUAGAUCCACAGUUUUCAGGAAAAGGAUGAAGGGGAAAGGUGUCUAGCAUUGAUAAGAGCAGUCAUAAAGCAUGCUGCUAGUGGUUUGCAAAGAACACCAAGUAACCAAAUUUUGGCCCACAUUUGCUUGAGAUUGUUCUACCCUCCACAUCUUUUACUUGUUGCAAUAAGCAUUGUAUAUUGGUCCACUUCUCUCACUAGCUUCAUUUAAACAGCUGACAUUAAUGUUUCAUAAACUAUAUGCAAGCGCCUCUCUUAUCAACCCCCUUCCAUAGAAGUACUACCUCACUGAAAUAGAAACAGCUGAAGUCAAUGUAUUACUUAUACAUGUGAAGAGAUAUUCAAUGCAAAGAAAAAAAAUGUGAUAUCAGACACUAAGCAUAUGGAGGAUGAGAAUUAGAAUAUCUCUACAAAUGGCUGAUGGCUGAACAUUUGUGACUGAGAGACCUAGAUACAGAGAAAGCAAUUCUCCUAAAAACAGAAAAAUACUCAGGGAAGUUCAACUAUCAUUACAAAAACAAAAACAAAAACAAACAAACAAAAAAAAAAACACCAAAAAAACAACCAUAAACAAAAAAAUCUUUAGCAACAUAGUAAUUACCCGGUGAUUAGAAUAGUUAUUUGUUAUGUUUUCACUGUCUCCAAAUAAUUCAAAAACAUGAAAGACUCACUAUAUCCUUGGUUACACGCAUGAAAUGUGAGGUAGUUGAGCACUUAAAGAUGUUUAAGUUGCUACAAGAAGGAAUAUACACUCAAUAUUUUAAUCUUUUAUAUUUUAAUAUAAAUAUUUUAAUACUUUAAUCUUAAGCUUAAAGGUGUAUGUCUUAAGUUCAGAAAUUCUUUUGACUCUGACACACUCCUCUCUGCAUAUCUUCUGUAUGUCACAGAGAAUUAAUUUCCAUUUCAUUCCCCUGGGCAACUUGAUCUCGUGGGUGACAACCCUUCCAUCAUCAGGAGGGUUUGAAGUAGAUGAUCUUCCAGCUUAAGACAAUCUAUAAUCCUGUGAGUCAUUUACUGAAUGAAGUAUUUAAUUUACUUUUACUUUCUGAAAUGAGUGUCAAAUAUAUUGACAUAUUCUAAGCAAAUUUACAGCAAUAGCAGGUAGAAAUGCCAGGAAAAUUGAAAUUUCAGGAAGUGAAUUUUUAAUGAUAUAAUCUGCCUAGAUAUCUAAGCUCACAUGCAGACUUGGUAAAUUUCACAAAAUAUAUGAACACUCCUAUAGACAUGAAUGACACUCAUGAAGCCAAUGCAUAACUGUCAGGAUUUUCUAGCAUGCUACCAUGCAAAAUACUUUUUUGUUCAGAAUCACAUAUUAAUGCAAUUUAAAUACAGCUACAUUAUUGACACAGAAUGAAAUGCACUGAUGGAAAUGAUAAUAGUGAAUUUGAAGAUGAAGGAGAUAAGAGAGAGCAAAGUCAUUAAUAUCACACAGUUAAUUUUUGUGAAAAAGAUGGCUUCAAAUUUAGCAGUUAUUUUUCACUAUUCUCAUCAGAACAGUAUGAAAAUCUACCAAUGUUGAUUGUCAUUCAAUUCAGUUAUAUGUUUAGGGAUCUUAUCCCCUCUGCAUUGCCUGUUCAAAAUAAAGGAAUGAUUGAUCAAAUAAUUCCAGUGAUUUCAUUUUCAUCUUACAUUUUCAGAAUAUUAGAGUUGAUUUUAACUUCUCCACAGUGAAUGAUGUCCCAGUUAGGAAGCCUGGUUCUAGUGAAUAACUGAAGAAAAAGAAGCUACCAAAGCAUUGCUUGAAGAAUUAAAAAGAAAAAGAAAACCCGCAGAUAUGUUAUAGAGGAAAAAAUGAGAUAAAUUUUACCUUAGGUAUGGAUUGAUAUAAGGAAAAGUGUAGAAAACAGCCUAAAUGUAGAAUCUGAUGUAUGUUGUCUCAUCUAACUAAGUAGAUUGGGAGGAAGGUGAAUCUUUGAAAUCUCCCAAAUAGAGCAGGACUUUCUAAUUACAAUUAGUAAACAAUAUGGAUAAGGGUAUUGACAUGUGUGUUAUUUCCUUAUUAACUACUCUAAGGCAAAUUUAAGUAAUAGAAAAUGAAAAGAAAUUAGUAAAAGGUCAAGAAAAAGAGAAGAGAGAGAUUCAGAGAGAGUUCACCACUUCCUCAGAUCACAUGUUGUCUUGAGUCUCAUUCUCUCUGAGUGAGGUAUCAACAAAGGGAAAUGCACAUUUUCACUGUUAUAUAAUUUAGUUGUUUGGAGAUUGCCCUCAGGGUAGCAACCCAGUUGUGUCUAGACAAUUCAUGAGUUUUCAACAAGGGUCUUUGGUGGUCACGCACCUCCUGCUUAGUUAAUACUGAUGGUUUUUUUUUCAAACUGUAAGGGGAAAAAAUGUUGUCUAUAAAAGGAAGUUAAGCAAUCAUUCUGCCUCCACAGAGUAAAGGUUCAUAAUCCUUACAGCUUUUGACUUGAGUUGUUUAGUCUCUAUUCUGUUUUGUCCUCUAGCUGUUUGAGUCAAGAAAUUCCUUGUCAGUCUGACAUAUGUUCACAUCAGUGUAUUCACAAUUCUACUACUGUCCAUCCUGACACUGUGAAACUGCAGAAUCUAUUCAAGUUCUCUUCAUCCCUUUUUCUUUCAUCAUAUCGAUACCUAUUGCCUCUCCAUAGAUUUAUUAUGACUAGUUCUGGACAAUUCCCUGAAGCCAAGCAUCUUUUUGUGACAUACUACCAACAUAUGAAUUCUCUCAAGGUUUUUCCUCUCCCAAGGAUUUUUACCUCAAGUUUGCAUUAGAAUGUGUCUGUAGGAGUAGUUACGAGUGAGUUCAAGACUGUGAUAUGUGCCAGCCCAGAAAGAGCUUCUGGAGUUAUUAUGACAUAAAUCUCUGUUCUGCUCAGAGAUGGAAAGUUUUCUGUUUCUUUUGAGCUAUAAUGGCGCUGAAUACCUGGGUGUCUUAACCUAGAGAAAUCUAAAAAGUAACGAUCACUCUAGGAGCCAAUCUCUCAAUUUGUUUUCCCAGUAUCACAGGCAUAAAAAGUGACAUGCAAAUCAACAAAGCUACACAUUAGAUGUAAAGUCUAAGUAAAUAGACUUAAUGGAAAUUUAACACAUAGCUGACUCUAAAUUUGCUCUGAUAAAUAACCUUUCAUAAAUUACCAUCUUAUUCAAAAUUCAUAUUCAGUUUUACAUUACCACUGGUUAGAAGCAGUAAUUUUCUUCAAAAAUGCUAGAAAAUAUCAGAAUUUUUCUUCUGGCAUAAAAGGUGAAUCUAUUUGCCCUAUAUUGUACAUUCACCCACAACAGGGUGAUGGGUAAUUCACACUAUUUGGAUUGGCAGAAACCUGACUAUUGUACAGCCAAUGGAGAAAGAUGAACUAGAAGACUAAAGAGAAAACAAUACUAUUCAAGGAGACUUGAAUGUAAUGCCUGCUGUUGUUCUAUUAAAAUUUGGUUCCCCAAAAUCAAACACAGCUGACUGAUCCUUGAAAUAAAUACAAAGACUAAUUCCUCUGAGGAAGGAAGAGUACCUUACAUUUAUUAAAGGGAAAUUUUCUUCCCCAGUGCGUCUAUAUAUUCCAGUCAUAUAUAAAAGCUAUAGGUAACUGUGAUUUCUACAGUUCAGAAGAACAAAAAGGUAGCAAUUGGUAAGCCAGAGAGGAAGAAUCUAUUUAUUUCAUACCUAUGUGAGACACAUCCAUAUAAAAUAUCCAAUAAAAUCAACCAUACAUGGUUUCAGUAAUAAUUUUGGACAUAAAAAUGCAAAUGUCUUCCAAUAAAUCUAAUGACUCAUGAAUUUCCCCAAUAAAAUUAAUGCAGAUGUUUCAUGAACUUUACUUAUUUUACAUGGAAAUAGUAGAAAAUUAUGAUUUCAUGCUGCUUGAACAGCGCUGACAAGAAAGCUGUUUCAAAUUUAACAGAAUAUACAGCAAAUCUGAAUGUUACAAAACAGCAAAUCAGGCACUUCAAAAUGGAAGAUGCCAGCGUAGAUUCCCCCAAAAAAUAAAAAAUAAAAAAAAAAAAUAUCAGGAAACUGUUUUGACAUUUGCAUGAUUUCAGAAAGCAAUAGUUGAACAAAAUUAUCUGGUAUUCAGAAUAAAUAUCGAAAAAACUGUACAGGCAGAAUUAGUUUAGCACUAUGCAACACAUAUUUAAAAUAUAUCAUGGACUUUUGUGUAACUGGCUGUACUUUUCAUGUACUGGACAACAAGAAAGGAGGAUACUGUUCAAGUGCUUAUCUUACCUUUUAAUCAGUGUCUUACUAAUUGAAAGAAACCGAAGGAUAUCCUCAUUGAACUUACAUGUUUAGUAAGACAUUGAAACAUCGCUGAGAAAGUCACAGAUUCAUAGAUUCACUCUGCUAUUUAUAUGACAAUUCUUUGCUUGUUUUAAGCAAAAUAAAAGAUUCUAGUCAUCAGAGGCAUUAAAUAUUUAGGCAUUGAAUGCAGUAUGCUGUUUCAUCCCAAUGAUUUUACAGAUCUUAUCAACCACAAGGAAUGCUAAACUUGCUUAAUUUCCAGCUUUACAAAUGGAAAGCAUGAGAUGCCAAAUGUGGUAAACUGUAAUGUGCUUUCAUAAACAAGGAAUUCUAAAGCUGUAGAAUCUGAAGUAACUGCAAAGUUUACGAAUUGAAGUGUUUAUUUGUGGUUUUUUUUUGUUUUGUUUUUUUGUUUUUUUUGUUGUUUUUUUUUUUUUGUUGUUGUUGUUGUUUUUUCCCAGCAGUGAAAAAUAAAUGGGCAAAAUCAUGAAACCAGCAUUAGGUUUUCUCUGCUUGGGUCUUCAAAUCCCAUGUAUUUUUAUAUAUGUUUUUUCUGAUCAGAAUCCUAGUGAAAGCGAAGCAUUGUAGUCAUUCAGACAUGUGGUGAGGAACAAGAUUUUUGAUCAGUUAGGGAUAAAUAACAAUUUAUAACUUACUACUACACUCUAAAAUUAAUUUCAUUAGCAGGUCAAAAUUGAUGCUUAAAACCUUGAACUGUAUUCUAUGAGCCACGAAGUGUUUGUGGCAAAGAAAUUUAUUAUUUUAAACAAUCAGAUCACAAUUAUCAAUUGCAAUUGUUUUUUUCUGGCAUUUAUGUAAAUAAAACCUAAAAAUAUAGAAAUAAAUUAACCCAAUAAUAUAGAACAUAAAUUAUGUAAAACCAUAGUUUCACAUAAUUUAAUGUCAUAAACCAUUUUUGUAAUGUUCCAAAGAACCUUAUCUCAUUAUCAUAUGUCUUUGGCAAAACAGCAUUUAUAGUAGGCUAGAUAUUUCGUGUACAUUUGCUUUUUCAUGCGUGCCAGUGGCAGAAAACAACAACAAAAAAUCACGAGGAUUCACUUCUCACAACAAAAAUCCCAGGUGUCCAAAAUAAAUAAAAAUAAAGAAAUAAAAUAUGCAUAUUUACCACCAUUAUUCCUCCAUAUUAUUGUCUUUGGGGGUAACAUAAUUAAAGUCCAACUUUGCCCAGUGCUCUUGACCUGAAAUAAAAUCUCUUUUAGUUCUCAUUAUGUUAAUUAGAAAAUAAUGUUAUAAGUGACAUGGAAAUGAGUAACUGAUUUAGGAAAUCCACAACUAGAUCUAUACUGUUUUACUUAAAUAACUGCGCUCACACUUUCAGUGAUACUAUUUAGGUUCCAUUCAUAAAUGUAUACCAAAGGCAGAUCUGUAUGAAAAGUCAAAAUUUGAAUACUCUACUUUUUGUAACAUUUUGAUUUCAAUCUUUAAUUUUAUUAUGACUUAAAUUUAAAAAUAGUGCAAUAAAAUCUCUGAUUUAACUACUUUAAGACUAUGGAUUUGCAAUCAAAAUGGGAAUUUCUAAGUAUUUCUUUUUUUCUCAUCCUCUAUCAAAAUGGAAAGCAGAAUAAUAGAAUAUGAGCUAAUGUGAAAGACUAGAAAAAGGAAUAAUUCUAGAAAGGCUGCUUUGAGUUUUGCUAUAUUAUUAUUCUACAUUUGGAGUUUCCACCCUUCCAAAAUCUAAAGAGGUUCUUGUGUUCAUAAGAGAACCUAUUAUUUUGUGCAUCUGUGGUGAAAAAAAUUAAAAUAAAUCAAACCUGUGUAUGAUCUUA